AUGGAGAACUAUUCAAAGCUUUUGAAUGAUAAGAUUGAAGGCUUGCAUGGCAAAGUAGAUGUGAGCAAUCGCAACAAUCACGCCUUGAUAUCUAAUUUGGAAAAGAGAAUCAAUAGGAUGAGCAACAAUCAAAGGCAACCGGGUACUCUUCCAAGUAAUACCCAACAAAACCCGAAUCAAGGCCAAGGAGGUUCAUUGAGAAAUGGAGAUGACAAGUACAAAGGACCCCAACACCGGAUUGAGACCGUAAAUGCCAUAUCUACACGGUCCGGGAAGGUAGUUUCUUCUCCCAUUGAUAAAUCUCGUGUUUCUAAUGUUUCUCCACAGGUUGAGCAAUUUGAUGAAGAGGUGGAAAUGGAGUCACCGCCAGUGGUGACUACUUCGGUUCCUAAGGCCACACCAAUCAAGGAACCCGAAGUCAAGCCAUAUAAGCCAAAGAUCCCUUUUUCUCAACGGUUGAGGAAGGAGAAGAUCCAAGAACAAUACAACAAGUUCUUUGACAUGAUCAAGUCGGUGACGGACAAUUAUGCCAAGUUCAUCAAAGAACUAGUGACGGACAAGAAGAAGCUUGAUGAAGCAAAGGAAACCUUUUUAAAUGAAGAAUGCUCGGCGGUUAUCAAAAACAAGCUUCCACCCAAGCUUUCGGAUCCAGGGAAUUUCUUAAUUGCUUGUUCAUUUGGUAGAAAAUUAACUUGUAAAGCUUUAGCCGACCUUGGGGCAAGCAUCAAUUUUAUGCCCUAUUCCGUUUUUACCAAGCUUUCUUUGGGGCAACUAAGGCCUACCAAAAUGAGCAUCCGCCUUGCGGAUCACUCUUUUCAAUACCCAUUGGGGGUGGCCGAAAACUUGCAAGUGUAA